ACGUCCUAUAGCGGAGGUGCAAAGACGCGGGGGCUAUUGCGUGCUUUGCCUAUAAAUGCCGUAGUAGGUGGGCGACUUGGCUCUAGUCGAAUGAUAACGCGCUUCAAGAUAACUUCAGUCUGGCGGCUAUAAGUCUCGGAUCCUGACCUGUCAUAUUUAGUAUGAUUAGACAUAAAAUUCAUUUGGUUGAAUUUUUGUUUCUGCUGUACGAAGGUGGUUAACUUGGGCAAUAUGACUGUCGAGGGCUUAGAACAAACUCCUAAUACAAAUGGAGCAACGCCAUCUCCAUUACCCCAAGAAGCCUCGGACAAGUCAACUAAUGGCGUAAAAGUACCGGUAGUAAAGGCGGAAGAAGUGGCCGAGCAACUCCUUAAAGAGCCAGAAUUCUCAAGCUAUCCUGUCCCAACCCUCAAAUUAGAAAACCGGUAUAUCGAUGAACCAAGACAGUUAAGAGUUGCCGUCAUUGGCGCAGGGCUUUCCGGAGUCCUAGCUGGCAUACUUCUCCCCGCUAAGGUCCCUGGUAUAAAGCUAACAAUAUUCGAGAAGAACGCCGACGUGGGCGGAACGUGGUUUGAAAAUAUAUACCCAGGAGUUAGGUGCGAUGUACCAGCUCACGUAUAUCAGACCAGCUUCUCCCCGAAUACCCAAUGGUCGGAGCAAUUCGCUCAGGGUCGGGAGAUCCGCGAUUACUGGCAGGGACUUGCGCGGAAGUACGACGUGUACCAGCAUCUGCAGCUCUCGCAGAAGGUAGAAGAGCUAAGCUGGGACGAGAAGAAGUCGGUCUGGAACGUAAAGGUGCAUAACCUCAGCACCGGAGAGACGUCUAGCCAAGAGUUUGACUUUGUUCUGACGGCCAUCGGCCGCUUCAACGCCUGGAAACUACCCAAUUACCCCGGCAUAAACGACUUCAAGGGCCUUCUCCGACACGCGUCCAACUGGGAUCCGACAUUUGACCCUAACGGGAAGAGCGUAGCGAUCAUCGGCAACGGCGCAAGCGGCAUACAACUCACUUCCAACCUGCAGAAGCGCGUCAAGCACCUGGACCACUACGCGCGGAACAAGACCUGGGUGACGGCCUCCUUCGCCGGCGACGACACCUCCAUCGAGCCGAUCCCCAUAUCGGCCGAGCUGCGCGAGUCCUUCAAGGACCCCCAAGAGUACAUUAAGUUCCGGAAGGGUCUCGAGGCCAAGUACUGGCGCGGCUUCUCCAGCUGGCUCAAGGGCUCGGAGCUGAGCCAGAAGUCGCGCGCGGAGUACACGGAGCUGAUCCGGAAGCGGCUCGCCAAGCACCCGGACCUCUUCGAGCGCAUCAUCCCGGACUUCUCGCCGCACUGUCGCCGCCUCACGCCCGGGCCCAACUACUUCGAGGCCAUCACCGAGGACAACGUCGAGUACAUCCAGACGCGCAUCGCGCGCUUCACCGCGACCGGCAUCGAGACCGUAGACGGCAAGCACCGGCCCGUCGACGCCGUCUUCUGCGCCACCGGCGCCAACGUGGACCUUGUGCCGCCCUUCCCGAUCCGGGCCCUCGGAAAGGACCUCUCGCAGCUCUGGCGCCAGGACGGCGAGUUCGGGUUCCCUUACUCGUACCUGGGCACGGCGACGCCCGGCUUCCCGAAUCUGGGCUUCGUGCACGGGCCGCACGGGUCCGGCAGGUCGGGCACGGUGCCGCACAGCGUCGAGGUGCAGGUCAGCUUCUUCGCGAAGCUGCUGCGCAAGGUGGCGCGCGAGGGCAUCAGGACCGUGCAGCCUUCGCGCGCGGCUACGGACGACUUCGUCGCGUACUCCGACGCGUUUUUCGCUACGACCGUGCUCUCCGAGAACUGCAGCUCCUGGUACAACGGCGGCCGGGCCGGCGGCAGGAUACACGGGCUCUGGCCCGGCAGCGCGGCCCAUGUGACUAUCGUCCUGCGCGACCCGCGCUGGGAGGACUGGGAGUACGAGUACUUGUCCGAGAGUGGCAACAGGCUGGCUUGGUACUUCGGCAACGGGAGCACGAGGAAGGAGGAGGAUUUGAGCAGUGACAUUACGCCGUAUAUCAAGGACCCGGCUACGGUCGAUCUGAGGGAUGUGCAUGAGAGCUGGUGGGGUCUGCCUUGAAGCGGUUCGGUCUUGGGGAACUCUUGGUCGAGAUUUCAAUGGAUAUUCUCGAUAUGCCACUUAGCAUUGAGAUACGGAGUUGCUAGAGGAGAAACGCGGAAUAUUCGAGGAUGUCACUUGGCGUUAAUUUACCAUACC